UUAGGCGUCCCCGCUGCGGCGGACCAGCACCUCGGAGCCCUAGUUCGGCGACCUCCGGCACAGCCCCUGAACCUUCAGACUGCGGCCCCGCCCCCCUCGGGGACCCCUGGGGAGCCUCGGACGCCCCCAACGCCCCUGCCCCCUAAAACCACUUUGAUUCCGCGACUGCCCCCGUGCCCGCCCCGAGGACCCCAGCCAUGGCCCGGUCGUACGGCGGCCGGGUGCUGGCCGCGAUGACCCUGCUGGGCAUCCCGGCGGCCGUGCUGGCGGCGCUCGGCGCGCAGCUGCUGUUCCAGCUGCAGGCGGGCCGCACCGAGCUGCGGGGGCCGCGCGCCGACGGGCUCGGCCCCGAGCAGGGCGCCGGCCCCGGGCUGCUGGAGGACGCGGCCGGGGCUCUGCUGCCGCUGGCCGCCGCGCUGGCCGCGCUGGCCCUCGUGCUCGCGCUCACCUGUCUGCUGCUCGCCGCGCUGUGCGGCCACCUGGGCGCCGAGCUGGCGCGGGGGCCUGGCUCCGGCAGGUCUGACUGGUUUCUCCACGACUGCCGCCUCCUCAGACAUAUGGCCCUUGGCCUUUUCUGCUGCGGGGUCUCCGUCUACUUAGCAGCACUGUCCAUCUAUGCCUUGCUGCUAUUCGAGAUUGAGACAGGCGCAGCGGCUGCCUCCAUCCUGGGCUCAGGUGCGCUGGUCCUGGUGGCUGUGCUGACCCACGCUCUGCUCCGGGCCGCUCGGGCCCCCCGCCGUGGACUCCAUGAGUUGUCCCCACCAUCCUUUGAAGACAACCUCACCCACCCUGCUGAAGUCUCCAAGGCCAGCCCCAGAGCUCAGCCCCAGCAGGGUAGCCAUCGCCAGACCCCCUAUUCAUCCUGCCCAGAGACUGGGGACCCCCUCAGGCCUGUGGUCACUGCCACAGCACCUGCAGCCCUGGGUGGAGGCUGGGAAAGCAGGCUGCCUGCAACCCGGAUGCACCAGACACUGUCAGCCAGCAUGGGGCACUGGGAUGGGGUUACCUAUGAGAUGCGUAGUAUGCUGGGCCACAGGCCAGGAGGCACAGGGAAGGACUCCACACUGGUGUGAGCGCAGAGAUUGGGGAUAGGAGCCUGGUGUAAGGCAGGAAGAAAAGGAUCCCAUAGAGAUAAGUCCAGGUUCAGCUGCAGUAGCAAUAGGACUUGACUUUUUUCUUGGUUCAAUGCAUCCCUGGGUUUUGUCCUCAAGGUUGCCUCCUGGUGCAAAAUGGCUCCCAGUGCUCCAACCUUCACUUCCUCAUUUGGAAGGAAAGGCAGAGGACAGGACUAGUUUGAUGUCUUCUGAAAGUCUUCCUGGGAGGCCUUGGAAACCUGUUUAUAUUUCACUGGUCAGAACAGAGCUACAUGGCCACACCUUGCUGCAGGGGAGGCUGGGAAAUGUGGCUAUCUAGAAUGAAUGAGGUUGCAUUAUAGGCAGGAGGGGAGGGUGCAGCUUAGGCAGCGAAUCUCUAAGUGUCUCCAUCCAUUUUACAGAUGAGGAAACUGAGGCCCCAAGAGGGCAGUGACUCACCAGGAGUCCAUGACCUGUACUGAGCGUCAGAGCCAGGACCCCCACCCAGAUCCUGUAACCCCCAAGCUGCUGACGGUGCGUCUCAGAUUCUGCGAUUCCCCACUGCGCCCCCCACAGUAUGAACGUUUCAAACCCAUGUUUGCGGAGCUCACAGCAGCCCAAGGCCAGGGGUGUGUCUGGAGGGCUGGACCCAGACUCCUGGCCAUGGGCCUUUGGCUGAGGGCUUUGCCACUCUGUGCCUCAGUUUCCUCCUCUGUAAAAUGGAGACAAGAAGUGGCCCCGCCUCCUAAGGCUCCCAGGAGAUGAAUGACUUCAUGUGAUCCAUUCUGGGGGCCUUCUCACAGUAGGUCCUCAAUGCAUGUCAACUGUUUCUGUGCUGCUGUGGCUGGGGUGCUUGGUGGCAAGACAUUGCCCUGCUGGGCAGUUUCUGGGGCUCAUAGAGCUGACAGAGGGGUCACCAGAGGCUUCCUGUCUUGCAUGACCCACAAAUAAACUCCGAUGCUUACUA